CCCCAGACACUUUUAUAUAAACGACUACGGAUAACAUCUUCUGCAAACGUAUCACCUAUAUCGACGCCGUGCCUGGGCGUUUUCAGAACCGAAGCAAGACCAGAGCACCGCGGUCGAGUUCGAGUUCCUCUACCACAAUCCAUCCUCUCCGAUUCUCCGCCUUCAGAAGGUUUCUGACAGUUAUAUAAUGAGGGGACGGAGUUACAGUCCAUCACCACCUCCACCACCCCCAAGGGGAGGAUAUGGUAGGAGGGGACAACGAAGUCCUAGCCCCAGGGGUCGCUAUAGCGGUGGUCGCGGUAGUGGUAGAGAUCUUCCUACAAGCCUUCUAGUUCGUAACCUUCGCCAUGAUUGCAGGCCAGAAGAUCUCCGCAGGCCAUUUGGGCAAUUUGGCGUGCUUAAGGACAUCUACCUGCCGAAGGAUUACUAUACUGGGGAGCCUCGUGGCUUUGGUUUUGUCCAGUUUGUUGAACCUGCUGAUGCUGAAGAGGCUAAAUAUCAAAUGGAUGGUCAGCUUCUUCUUGGUCGGGAGGUAACUGUUGUAUUUGCAGAGGAGAACAGGAAGAAGCCAUCUGAUAUGAGGCAUAGGGAGCGUUCAAGCUCCAGGACUACUAGUCGAUAUCGUGAUCGAAGACGGUCUCCUCCUCGCUAUUCUCGCUCUCCACGAUAUUCCCGUUCUCCACCUCCACGCCGUGCAAGAUCUCGAUCUCACAGCCGUGGUUAUUACUCUCCUCCAAAACGAAGGGAUUAUUCCAGAUCUGUCUCACCCCAAGAGAGAAGGUACAGCAGGGAGAAGUCGUUUUCUCGAUCUCCUCCACCAUAUGAGGGGUCAAGGAGCCGUAGUCAGAGCCCAGUUAGGGGUCCAAGCCGGAGCAGAAGCAGAAGCCAUAGUCCAAGGCGGAACAUAAGAAGAAGCCGAAGCCCUAUCAAUGAAGGUCACCCGAGGGCACCAAUUGGAGACAGAUCUCCUAGUCCAUGAAAAGUGAAAAGAUAAAUUGCUCUCUUUAAGUUAGCGGAAAGUGACUUGUUAUGCCAUCUGUUGUUGGAGUUCGUAUAGUAUUUUGGUCUGUGCGAUGUUGACGCUACUGUUUGAUGGGGUGACUAUGGUAGUCUCUCGGAUUAAGAUAUGUAGCUAUGGUAGUCUUUCGGAUUAAGAUAUGUAGGUUUAUGCUUUUAUUUGAAUGACAUGUAUGACAGAAUUUUGAACUCAAAUCUUAUUUGUCUCGGCUUCUUUUUAUUUGCCUUGA